GGGGCAGCUAGUUAACGCGUCAUUUCUUCAAUAUGUUCAAUACUACUUUCUAGGUAGUUGGCCUUCCUGUAUCAAUCUGUAUUAAUCAACUAAGGAGACAAGAACGUGAAACUCUAAAUAAAUCCUUAUCGCUAUUAGAAUUUCAGGGGACCGAUUAUUUUGAUGCUACUCCUGCAUACAGAGGAAAAGUCACGAAAUACUUCUAGACAGCAAUAAGCCACAACAAUGAACAAAAUUGUUGCAAAAUUGAUACUAUUCUGUCUCUUCUGUGUACGAGAGCAACAAGCAGAAAGUAUCGGACAGUUUCAGACGUACAAAAACAGAACAGAUCUUACGUUCAAGUUGACGAACACACCCUGUCAGCAGACAAAUAAUAUAGAUCUAACUGACGUCAUCAUAAACUGUACAGGUCUUUCAUUGGAUCGUGUUAAUUCAAGUUGGUUUCCUCUAAAUACAACCGUUAUUUUCUUGGAUUACAAUCUUUUGACUGAAAUAGAAAACAACACAUUUAAAAAUUUAACACAGUUACGUUUGUUAAAAUUGAGUAAUAAUAAAAUAUACAAGAUGCAUACAAAUGCAUUUUCUGGCCUUACGAAUCUUGAUGUCCUAAACCUAGAGUUUAAUGCUCUGGAGUUUGAUAACAAUAGCUAUCCUGACGGCAUAUUUUCUCCACUCAUUAAUUUAAAGGAACUAUAUCUGAAACGAGAUCAAGAUUGCAUCAAGAGUGAAUACCCCUCAUGUUUUCUUUGUCCAUUAACAAAUCUGACCACUCUGUCUAUAGACAGUGUAGGAGAAACGGUCAACUUUGGGCCAGAGUUCAAACAACUAGGUAAACUCACAAACAUUUUUCUAAGCGUUUGUUCUAAUUCUAUUUCUGAAAGCACGUUUAAAAAUUUAAAUCAUUUAACGGACUUAAUAAUAGAUGGCUUCAAUACCUUGUCUAAUUUUAGCAACAUGGCCCUAGCAUAUUUACCUUCGUUAGAUAGCUUUACGCUCAUGUCUGAAAAUUUACGAAAAAAAGAAGCCUUACAUAUCCUCAAACCACUGGUAGGAAGAAACAUGACUUUGAUCAAAUUUGUAAGAGUAAUUUUAGAUUCCCCUGCCGGAGUUUCCAGUAAUUCAAUGCAAGAAGAUGUUCUUGAUUUAGAUAAAACAAAGUAUCUUAUACAGAUUUGUGUCGGCAGAUUUGAGUUCAUUCACUCUUUUUUAUUUAUUCUGGAUCAUAAUGCUUUAAUUAGUGAAACCUGGAAAUCGUGUCUAGAAUAUUUGAGCUUAUCAGAAAAUAGGUGGAUUGGUAGUAAUUUAGCUUUUAUUAAACUAUUCACUUUAAGAAGCUUAGAAAAUGUUUAUAUCGAUGGUAAUUUAUUCGGACCUACAACACCAAAUAAGCUAAAAACAUCUGAAAACUAUAUGUCUGAAAAGAAAAGUUUGCGUAAGUUAAAAUUACAUCAAAAUCAAGUUAUUAAUAGUCAUAAAAGGAUUGUCAAGAGUAAAAACAAUACGAAAGUAAAAGGAAUUAUAUUUUAUGGAUCCAGAUCAUUGAAAUAUGUACAUGUAGGCAAGUCAAUACAAAGCUCUUGGUUGAAUAGUAAUAUAUCUUUAGUUGGUUUUCAAAAUGUUGAGUAUAUUGAUGGCACUGACAAUGGAUUUAAAUUCGCUACAGGUAGAAUUGAAGGUUUAACAGGAAUUAAAACUUUAUUAUUUUCAGGAAACGAUUUCUCGGUACUUUCUCCAUCAUUUUUAGAUCCAUUCACAACUGUCGAAAUUUUAGCUAUGGCAAACUGCAGAUUUGACUUAAAUAGUUUUCAAUCUAACAGCUUAAGACUUUUAACGAAUUUAAAGUUGCUGAAGCGUCUAGAUUUAUCUUUAAAUUCUUUAAGUUUUCUAGCACACAAUACGUUUUCUACUAACCAUCAAAUGACAGAACUUUAUCUGGCAACCAAUAGGUUUACUGAAAUUCCUUUCAACCUUAAGCUGACACCAAACUUGCGGGUACUUGACCUUAGUGAAAAUGCUAUUUCGACAUUGGAUAAAGACAUAACAUUUGGACUUGAUGAAUUGGCCAAAAAAAAUGGAAAAUUCAGUUUAAAAUUAGCAGGAAACAUUUUAUCGUGUGGUUGUGAGAAUUUCUAUUUCAUCAAAUGGAUUCUUACAACAAACGUAGAUAUAGAUUUUGAUUCCAAUUUGUUGUGUGUUAACGAAUUUGGUUUGUAUUCUCAUCUAGAUAAACAUUGGAAUGUUGGUACAUUUUGGCGUCAGUGUGUGGGUCAGCAAUAUCUUUAUAUCUCUGGAGUUAUUUUGUGUGUCAUCGCUAUAAUAUUUUUGGUGUCUUUUGUCGUCAUGCGAUGUAAGCUGUACAUUGUGGCUUAUAUUGCUCAAAUACUUGGCACUGUACCACGUAGGAGAUUAACAGAUUUUCAAAACCACGUAUUUAUAGUUUCAUCUCCCAAUGAAGGUUUUGUUACAGUUUUAAGCAACUACUUAAAACAAACUUUUUUUCUGAACACUCGAGACUCCAGAGAUCUUGAGCCAGGACGUCCAGAAUAUGAAGAUGUGUGUGCUGAGAUCAACGCCACCUGGCGUGUAAUUCUAGUUGUAACUGUUGAGUUUUUUCACGACAAUAAUUUCCAGAUGCUCUACACCCUGGUGUUGAACAGUAUGUCACAUUACAACCCGGGAAAGGUGCUUCUACUUUAUGAAAGAAAUGUACAGCUCAAUGUGGAUUUAAUUAACGCGAUUGGUGAAGAUAAUAUCCUUGAAGUUCCAUUUUGGCAGAUGACACCAAAUAUGGAUGAGUUUUUGUAUGAAAGAAUUUUUAUAGAUUGUUGAUGUGAGAUUGGUAGCAAGCAGUCC